GCUCAAGCGGGGCCUCUGUGCUCUGCUUCUUCCCUGGCCGGAGUUGGAUCCAGGACCAGCUGCUGCCCAGCUGUUCACUCCCACGCUGUCCUCACCUCUCCAUCAUGGCACCCCUGCUCACGGUGUUCCUGGUGGCUCUGAUGGGCUUGCCUGUGGCCCAGGCUCUGGAGUGCCACGUGUGUGCCUAUAAUGGAGACAACUGCUUCAAACCCAUGCGCUGCCCAGACAUGGCCACCUACUGUAUGACCACCCGUACUUACUUCACCCCAUACCGGAUGAAGGUGAGGAAGUCAUGUGUGCCCAGGUGCUUUGAGACCGUGUACGAUGGCUACUCCAAGCAUGCAUCAGCCACCUCCUGUUGCCAGUACUACCUCUGCAAUGGGGCUGGCUUUGCUACCCCAGUGACCUUGGGUCUGGUCCCAGCACUUCUCGUCACCUUCUGGAGUUUGCUGUAAAGCUCUGCCCCCCUUACCCCCACCCAGCAGAUCCACUCAC